GGUCAAGGUCGUAAUUUAGAGACAUUAGAACCACGUUUUUGGUAUGCUGUUUCUUGGCAUUGUGAAAUAAUUUCUCUAUCUUCUGAAAUCUGCAUAUUUGACGUGUGUGAGCUGAAUACGUUGUAAACAAACUGAUAUAUUGAGUGAAACUCUGUUUCGUGUUCAGACUCUUGGUUUUGACGAAAUAUUGAGACAAAGGUGGUCACGUGUCAUCUGCCAAAUUCAGAACAUACAUAUUUCUCCAUAUUUGAUGCAAAAUGUCGUCUGAGAAUGGUCACGAUGCUGUCCCAGACGCUUGGGAUGAUGUUGGUAGUGGCAGUGGAGAUCCAAACACUGACUUAUCUAAACCUCUAAGCGCUUUAAAUGUAAACGCCCCUACUUUUGUACCAGGACAAAAUGUGUUUGCCCCACCCUUUAGUAUGGGUAAACCAGAAGAAGAAGCUAAAAAUGUGAAGAAAGAAACGGUUGUCAAAGAAGAUGUUCCGCCCUCGCCAGAUGAAACCCCACCCGACGAGGUAAAUGACAAAGUGAAUGAUUCAUCACCAGUAGAAGAUAAUGAGCAGCCAAGUAGCAGUUCCGCAGAAAAGCAAUCCGCGGAAUCCAAUGAUUGGGAGAAGGUUGAUGAAUUGGAUGAAGAAGAAGACGAAGAAGAAGAGGAGGAGGAGGUAAUACCAGUCAAGAAAGCUGCAGCAGCAAAAGGGGCGGUAAAAAAAACAACUGAUGAUGAUGAAUCGGCUGUCGUCGAAAGAAAAGAACAUAUCAAUAUAGUAUUUAUAGGUCAUGUUGAUGCAGGAAAAUCAACGAUAGGUGGCCAUUUAUUAUAUCUAACCGGCAUGGUAGAUAAACGAACACUAGAAAAAUAUGAAAGAGAAGCCAAAGAGAAAAAUCGAGAAUCUUGGUACUUAUCAUGGGCAUUAGAUACAAAUUCCGAAGAGCGAGAAAAGGGUAAAACUGUUGAAGUAGGAAGGGCCUAUUUUGAGACGGAUAAAAAACAUUUCACUAUUCUCGAUGCUCCUGGUCACAAGAGCUUCGUUCCUAACAUGAUUGGCGGAGCGUCACAAGCUGAUUUGGCCAUUUUGGUCAUUUCUGCCAGAAGAGGAGAGUUUGAGACUGGAUUUGAAAGAGGAGGUCAAACCCGAGAACAUGCUAUGUUGGUGAAAACGGCUGGGGUUAAACAUUUAGUUGUAUUAAUAAACAAGAUGGAUGACCCGACGGUUGAGUGGGCGGAAGAAAGAUAUAAUGAAUGUAAAGAAAAGCUGGUACCCUAUUUGAAGAAAUGUGGUUUUAACCCCAAAACUGACAUUUUUUUCAUGCCUUGCUCUGGUCUUACAGGAGCUUUCUUGAAAGAAACCGUGUCAGAAGACAUCUGUCCUUGGUACCGAGGUCCAUCAUUACUUAAUUUUCUGGAUGAGUUCGCACCUCUUGAAAGAGAUGUGAAUGCCCCUGUUCGAUUACCUAUUGCUGAUCGCUACAAAGACAUGGGAACAAUUGUAUUAGGAAAAAUAGAAUCUGGAGUAAUAUCUAAAAAUCUUCAACUAUUGCUGAUGCCAAAUAAACAAACUGUGAAAGUUACCCAGAUCUGGUCGGAUGAAGAUGAUGCUGAUGAGGCGUGGCCUGGGGAAAACGUUAAACUUAAGUUGGGAGGAGUGGAAGAAGACGACGUUUCUCAAGGAUUUGUUUUAUGUUCGCCUAGUAAUCUCUGCCAUACCUCAAAAAUAUUUGAUGCUCAGAUUGUUAUAUUAGAAUACAAAUCCAUUAUCUGUGCUGGUUAUAGCUGUGUUUUACACAUACACUCCUGCUCGGAAGAGGCUACCAUUACGUCAUUAUUCUGCCUUCUAGAUAAGAAGACCGGGAAAAAGAUCGCCACAAAACCUAGAUUUAUCAAACAGGAUCAGAUUGCCAUAGCUAGAUUAGAAAUUAAUGGCGGUCGAAUUUGCCUAGAAACAUUCAAAGACUUUCCACAAAUGGGUCGAUUUACUCUUAGAGAUGAAGGCAAAACAAUUGCCAUCGGAAAAGUGCUGAAACUCCGCGAUUAAAUGAACAUUGUUGAAUCUUUUCCCUACUUCAUGUGGCGUUAUGCAAACUGACCAUGUGUAAAAUCUUCAAAGUGUCUUUUUCUCAUCAUCAUAAAACAAAAAUAUUUCAGAUUCAUCCUGCCUAAUUUGGUGCUGAAUCUGGUUGUUAUAUGGGACCUUUUGAAGAUAUCUAAUUCAGAACAUAAUGGACACAAUGGUCAUUAAACUGCUUACUGAUAUGAAGCUCGUGUAAAAGUUUGCCUAAAUUGUUGUAGUCAUCGACAAGUCAUUUCAAUCCAGGAGAUACAAUAUCUCUCCAGUGUCCCCAGUUCUUGAAGAUUGCAAGAAUUAUUCACACCUUUCAUUGACAAUCAAAAAUAGAUAUAUUUUUGCAAUCUUUAUUUGAGUGUUUGGACAAUUUUUGUGCAUGUACAUAUGUUAUUUAAAAUCUUGAAAUUUUAAUUUUUUUUUUUUUUAUGUACAUUCUGACUAGUUGUGUACAAAUGAGUAUAUAAUAUUUGUUUGACUAGACACCAUUUGCAAAUGUUACUGUCUCUUUCGCUUGGUUUUCAGAUCCUGAGCCUUCGUCUCUCCACGGUUAAAAAUAUAAAUGGAAUUAAAUUUUCGGAAUAAAAUAUGGCCCCUAGUAGUUUUUCUAGUGCUCCUUUAACCUCAAAUCAUAAUAUCUGUAUAAUUCUACAGCAGUAAUAAUUACUUUGAAUUGAAAUAAUAAAAGUUAUUUCAAAUUGUGUAUCCAUUGAUUCUCCUGCCAUAUGCAGUUAUUUCGGAUCUUAAUAACAUGGUAUUGGGUCACUUUCUUUCAUGUGAGGUAAUCUUUCUUGGUAGAGUCUAAUUUGGGGAGGUCAGGAAUUUCUACAGGCAGAGUUGAUCGCCACAAGGGUUAACAGUAGUUAACACUGACCCUAACCCAGAAUUACCGAUAGAUGAAUUUUCCGUACGAAAAAGACCUCAACUGGCCUGAAAAUUGAAAGCACCUUUAUUAUUUUUAAUGGCCUGUCUUCAUUUGCCUGGUCGGUGCAGAAACGUAGGACGUUAAACCCCAUUUCAUUUCAUUUAUUUUGAAUGGGAAGUGAUUAUAAGUAUAGCAUCUAAUAAAGUGCAGGAAAGCGGCCCAAUAAAAGACUUCACAGUACAAUGUAAAAAAAAAAAUAAAAAAACGUGACCGGGACGUAUUUGACACAGAAUGAAAACUUUGUGUUUAAUAAACUUACCUCAUUGAUGUAUACAGUGAAUAGAAAGAUUUUAUGAAAACGGUCAAUCAAAUAAACCUACCAAAAUAUACCACACUGAUAUAUCCAGUGAUUCGUGUUUUCAAGAGAGAGUUGGCUCCCAUUUUUACAUGAUGGUCGCUCAUCAGAUUUGUAAGCUCAGCUGACAGAGACGGUAGUAAAACAGGUUUAAGGGAAUUGUUUGUAUGCUGAUUAUUAUUGUGUCAAUGGCAGUAAGAUCAAAACUGUUAUUUGAUUGAAUAUUAAUAAAAUUCUAUACACCGUAAAAUAUUGAAUUGAUUUCCCAGUUAGUAAUUAUUAGACAUGUAUUAAAGAAGCAUUGUGUAAGAUUUAGAUAAGAAGCUGGAAGUUCUUGCUUCAAUAAUUCAAAAAUAUAUCAUACAAAAUGAAGAUAUUGUAAAUUUCAUUCUUAGAGAAGUUAUCACUGACAAAAUGUGGCAUAAAUUGUUUUUUUGUCAUAACAACGGUAUUUGUUGGCCUCGUUUCGCCAUUUAUAAAUUAAGUCAUUGAAGAUAUUGAAAAUUUCAUUCAAAUUUCUUUAUUCUUAGAGAAGUUAUCACUGACAAAAUGUGGCAUAGAUUGUUUUUUUUGCCAUAACAACGGUAUUUGUUAGCCUCGUUUUGCCAUUUAUAAAUUAAGUCAUUAAAUGGUGAUCAUGUUAAAAUCUCUGCCAUCCGAUGGUCUAGAGAGUUUAUUAAGGCUUGUGGGGUGUUGGAUGGCCAAAUGGUUAGCACGUGCGUGCUGUAUCAUAAGGCCUGUCAUUGAGUCAGCUGGCGUGGUUUCGAUUCCCCGGUUGUACGUGACAACAAGUAGGGUCGUCUGUCCAACCUCGUGGGUUUUCUCCGGGUCCUCCGGUUUCCUCCCACUGCUAAAGACCCCUACGUGCAAGUGAAUUAUUGAAAUAAAAUUAAACCAUUUGUUAGUCCCGAAGUUUGUGUCAAGUGGAUGUUAAACCCCUUUUCUCUCUCUCUCUAUUAAGGCUUGCCAUGUGAAUCAAUAUCUAAAUAAUAGUUUAUAAACCUUUGAAGUCAAAAUAAAGACCCUUCAUUAGGCAAAUUUAGCUCUUACAUAAUGCAUCUUUAAGGAAAUACUUGCUAUAUUGUAGAUAUAUUGUUUUGACAAAAAGUUAUUUAUUUGCUUUAUAUUUUGAAAUUAAUCCUUUUUUUUUUUUAGUUAGAAACAUAGUCUAAUUGUUUCAAGAAUUAAAAAUUUGUCAAGGUGAUUUUAACUACUAUAAUAAACUAUAAUGCAUACUUUAUGGAAAACAGCUAAUAUAAUUGGAUGAGGUUUCAAAGAGUAUUCUCUCAAUGUUAUCAAGCUAAAACAGGAGACGAUCUAGCACUUAAGACAUCAUUAUGUGGAGUGUGGGUUAGGGUUAGGGCUGCAGAUUUCGUCAAGAACCUGAGAUGUAAACAGGGCUAGCACAACUCCUAACACUUACCCACAAUCCAUGUGACGUCAUUUGUGCGAGACCGUCUUUGAUCUAGCAUUCUCCUUCACAGGCACUGUCAGGCACAAAUACAGACUUGUCAGGCACAAUCCAUAUGGUGCCUUUCAUUUUGUACGGCACGCAAUUAUGUUUUAAAUGGUAUAUAAUACUUGUCCAACACAAAGUUCAAAUGUCAGGUAAUAAUUUAUUAGAAUCUGACAGUUUGUCAAGUAGAACUUAAAUCAUUAUUUUGGAUCCUGUUUUGGGUCCAUCACAAGAUUACAACAUUUGCGUCUAAACAAAUAACCAGUGGAACUGAGAGUGUGGGUUGAACGACACUGCGAUAAGAAAAAUGAUAAAUUAACUGUUGGUUAUUUAGAAUUUAAAUAUGUUAAAAUUUUCUUACUCUGUGGAUGCAAUUAGUAGGUGGAUAGAGAUCUGACCGUAGGUUUUAUUUGCACGCAAGGGUUAAUAUUUUGCAAUGGUCCUUUUAAAGGGCAUUUAGUAAAAGCAAUAUAUACCUGUAAUAUAUGGCCAUCUUGAAAAAUUGAUCACAUACAAUGUAUGGAUAGUUAAUCUGCAUUUUACAAGAAAUCGGGAGAGGGUCUAAUAUAGGCUAUGCUUGUUCCCCAAUCCCUAUUCAGACACAAAUCUGAAUAAAAUAAUGUUUAAAAAAAAUGAAAUAAACUAAAAAAAUAUAAAAACCAUGAAAUAACUUGAUUUCAAGUGAACUAAAGAGCCCUUGUAAAUUUUUGGUUCUCAAAUCUUUAAAGAUACAUUAUAGGAGAUAAGAUAAAGACCUGACAGUUCUCACUAUAAUUGUUAAAAUCUAGAUAAUGUAAAGGGAAUUUGCUGAAAAAUUCAGUCAAAUUGAUCCAUUCUGAUCCGAGAAUUUAGCGAUCAUCAUUACUAAAGUCAGUACGAUAAAAAAUAUAGUCUCGAUUAUCCAUUUUUUGAUUUAAUUAUCAAUGAGUGUUAAGCAACAGAUAGGAUUCUAAUUCAGAAAAUAUCGCAGGCUAGCGAUGACAUCGAGAGUUAAUUAUGGUCUGGAUAAGUUAACUAAUGUCUAAUUAAUAAUUUAGAUAACAUUUCAGAUCUAAAGAAAGAUCUGUAAUAGACAGAUUUAGCUCUUGCAUAAUGUAUGUUUAAGCAGAGACUUGCCUGAAAUAAAUUUGACCCCCCUCUAUAUAAAUCAAUGUAUAAAUUAGCUACACACAGUAUGAGCUAUCAAGGGUUGUGUAAAUAUAUCAUUAGGAUCUCUUGAAAACCGCGAUUGAUUGAUUUCUGUCGGACCCAUCAGCACCUUGACUAUAUACGCUGACAAAUGUACACUCAGCUGUAUAGGAAUGUAAAUACUGAAAACAUAAAUGGACUAUAAUAAUAGGGAGGUUAUGAAUUUAUAAUAUUAUAUGGUUACAUAAAUAUUCUGGAAGUUGAAUCGGUAGCGUUUAAAAAAAAAAAUAAAAAUGAUUUAGAAAUACUGUAUAAGCAGAUAUGCCAUGUCAUGGACUAUGACUUUUCAUAUAUAAGUGUUGAUAUGGAUAGGAAUUAUUGUCACAGAUUUGUUCAGUGGUUAAAUAAACUCGUACCAGCUGUCUGCUCACAGACCUUCAAAUGUAUGCCUUUGUUAGUUAGAUAAUAAGUGUAUAAGUCUUAGUAAUUUUAAUGAAUUAUCACGUAACGUAUGUCAUUGAAUUUGCAUGGAUUUAGAAAUGUUGAAUUAUUUUUUUAUUUUCGAUUAUAUAUAUCACACGCAAAGUAUUAAAUCGUAGAUUAAUCGUAUGUAGAUGAAAUCAACUGACUGGUUGAGGUUUAACUUUUACUUCCACAGUAGUGAUAUCGCAGACAAUGGGCAUCCUCGCUAAAGAUAAAGGGACAUAAUUUAUAGGCGAGGCGGUCCAACGUGACCUCAUUGUUUACCUUAUAGCACAGUUUUCCUGUACAUUCAUUAUGAACUCCUGUGUUGACAAACGUUAGUUUUUGUCGUUAAUAUGGAAUUUAAUACCGAUAUGGUUCUCUUACCAUCGAUAAAGUCACGUGGAACCGAGUUUUUACUAGCGACACCUGGAGGGAAUUCAUUCAGCGGGGACGCCCAUUGAUAAAAUCUAAUUUAAAGUUAAUAAUACACUGAAGACCAUAAUUUAUUUUGUGAUGGGUGAAAAUGUUGAAACUUUUACUUUAAAUUGAAAUUGGAUGGGACUCAAAAAUCGCUACAUGCUCAUGCACAUGCGUGUACAUUUUUGGAGUCAAAUGGGAAAUAAUUUAGGUUUAUUUCUAUUAAAUUAUUAAUGCAAUGUUGUACAUUUUUUCCUAUGAUGGAGUAAUUUAAGUUUUCAUGUCCAAAUCCAGAAUGUAAUAUAUAUUGAUUUUAUGAACAUACUCUGCUUUAUUUGUUGAGAAAAAUGCCACAUCAAAUAAUAUACACUAUCUGGAUUCAACUGAGGUAUUGCUUCCAUGAAUUAAACUUUAUUAAAAAUAA